UUACUGAAGCAUUAUGGGCGGUCAGGUGUCCAUUGAUGAGAAUGUCCAUGUGGUGAUUGUUGGCGGUGGUUUUGGUGGCAUUGCAGCUGCUCAACACCUUAAACAUCACGGAGUGCCCUUCAUGCUUAUUGACAUCCUGGAUGCGUUUCAUCACAAUGUUGCAGCGCUGCGUGCCUCAGUUCAUGCUGGUUUUGCGAAGCAGACAUUCAUACCAUACAAAGAGACAUUUGGACUGAAUUUCCUCCAAGGCCGUGUCAUACAGAUAGACUCAGAAACGCAGACAGUUGUGCUCGACAAUGGAAAGCAAGUACGUUAUUCACACCUCAUUCUGUGCACUGGAACAAACGGACAUUUCCCAGGCAAACACAAUUCUGUGGACACCUACCAAUCAGCCAUUCAGAAGUAUGAGGACUUUGUCAAAGUGAUCCAGGAAGCAAACACUGUUGUAGUUGUUGGUGGUGGAACCACCGGUGUUGAAAUGGCUGCUGAGAUCAGGACUGAAUUUACUGACAAGAAGGUGAUUCUGAUCCACCCGCGUGAGGAGGUGGCUGAUCCUGAUCUUUUGCCUUCUGUCAAAGAACAAGCCAAACAGGUUCUGCUGGAUAAGGGGGUGGAGCUUUUGCUAGGGCGGAAAGUGACAAACCUGGAUGAGCUGGAAUUGAAUGUGUGUCAGAAAGGCAUGGAGAUCAAGACCAAUAAAAAUGAACAGGUCACUGCUGAUCUAGUCAUCUGCUGCACAGGAAAUAAAAUCAACUCUGAAGCAUACAGGUCCAGUCUGACUGCAUGUAUGACAGAGAGUGGUGCUCUGAAGGUGAACAAGCAUCUGCAAGUAGAAGGCUUUGACAAUGUGUAUGCUGUGGGUGACUGCACCAAUGUCAGUGAACCCAAGUUGGCGUAUCAUGCUGGACUUCAUGCUGCGGUUGCUGCCACUAAUAUCAUAAACAGUCUGAAAGGAAAAUGUUUAACCUCAUAUCGCACAGGGAAUGUGACUAUGCUGAUUGCUUUGGGCAAGGAUGCUGGAGUAGGCCAGUUUAAUGGCUGUAAACUACCUCAAUUUCUGGUCACCAAGGGAAAGAGCCAAGGCUUGCUGCUGUGGAAGAGCUGGAAGGAAAUGGGCCAAAAAGCCCCAAAUUAACACAAGGUUAACAAAAAAGUAUUACAUUAUACUCUAAACUUCUUUACUUGGUCACUAUUUAUCGUAAUAGUAUUUAAAUUAAUCGCUGUCUUAUAAUUAAAUUAAAUUAAAUUAAAAUAGACCAGCAGAAGGAUGAUUUACAUUGUACAAAUAACCAUUAUU